ACAAACUCGCACCCCCUCGGCCUUGCCUCGAGUCAGUACGCUAGACUCUCUUGGAACUGGCCAUCCCGGCCUGUUUUCUACCUGUCGGCACUAUAUUAGUCGGCGUCCCCAAUUCUGUACGACCGGAAGGCCUAGCUUUAGCUUUAGCCCCCUUCCAGACUCUGGCCUUGAUCGCGGGCCAAAGCAAGACAUCCUAGCAAGAUCAGACUCCUGGCCUUUGCAACUAGUGCGCAUCACAUCACGCACCCCAAAGAACCCCAUCAACCGAGCAUUUUUAAACAACUUUUGCUAUACGCCGGUCCCCCAGCCCGCGCUACUAUUGCCGCCGCCGGCGAUAUUACAUAUACUAGCCCUUCCACCAACUCGCGCCGCCGCGACACCAGUUUGCCCCGGAGCAGCCUUGGCUUGUCGUCUGGUCUCUUACUAUUUCAUCCUCCCCCUGCACCAACCUUGGGAAAGAAAUCACACCAAGCCCCGACGCGAGUGCUUGGAAACUACUAGACCUAGUUCUUGUCUGGACGCCGUCUCUUUUUUCCCUCUUGUCCCUCUUCUCACUACACGCCAACCUCGUGUGGAGUCGGUAGCACGUUCCUGGAACCAAAACGCAAAACAACUACAUCGCGACUUGAGCCAAGAAAGACAUCUCUCUUUUGACUGUCUUUCUUCCCCAUACGUCGUCGCAUACAGAAACUUGUCUUGGCAAGUUGUUACGCAUCUUGGGCACCGCCUUUGUCGAACAACUCUCUGCAAGUUUUUAUGGACCGCGGUGCAACUCAGUUUUCGCAGUCAGGUUUGCCUUCGCCCUACUCCAGCAGCUUCGGCGACCACCACUCUGAAGGCUCGUCGGCAGAUCACGCGUCUGCUGCUCAGUACCCAGGGAAACAAGACUAUCCUACCUCUGUAACUCCCACCUCGGAGUACAGCGUCUAUCCUCCCUCUGCGCGAUCAGGAUCUUACUCGGAGCAUAUCCAGCGUUCAUACCAUCCAUCCAGCAGCGCCAGCAGCGGAGGUAUGGCGCAACAACAGAACAGUCCGUCUAUGCCCCAGCACAACGGGCCAAGCCAUCAAGCCCACCCCGUCAAUUCUGACAACGAUGUGCCUAUAGAUCCGUCUAUUGCGGCUCCGAGUCCUACCUACCCUUACGGGCAGCACUCGCCGUAUGCGCCUAAUCCAGACAUGUCUCAUGGCUACUCCCAUCCCAGCGGUGGCAUGUACGCGCAGCCUCGCCCUGACUGGGCCGGCUACAGCCAGCAUGGAGCUCCUCCUCUGACUCCUGGCCACCCCGUUUACGCUCAAUCGCCCGCCUCGGCGCCGCAGCAGAGACCCAGCCAGGUUUACUCUUUCGUGCCUAUCCCCGGCGCACAGCAACACAAGCGCCCUCGAAGACGUUAUGAGGAAAUUGAACGCAUGUACAAGUGUGGCUGGAAUGGUUGCGAAAAGGCCUACGGCACUCUGAACCAUCUCAAUGCCCACGUCACCAUGCAGUCUCAUGGUCAGAAGCGAACUCCCGAAGAGUUCAAGGAAAUCCGCAAAGAAUGGAAGCAGAGGAAGAAGGAGGAGGAGGCCCAGCGAAAGGCUGAAGAAGAGCGACAGAGGGCUGCAGCCGCGAGCGUCGCACAGAACGGCGGUGGCGAUCCUCAAGGCCCCGACGGCGCGCCUUCAUCUGGCUAUCCCGGACGAGCUGUCCAGCUGCCUCCCAUAGGAUACCAGCCUACCCAGUACCCGGCGCCGCCUUCAGGCAACGUUGGACAGCAACCCAUGCCCGAGUAUGGCGCCGGCCACAUGUAUUCCAACUACCAGCCUCACUCCCCUUACGCCCAGCCCAGCCAGCAGAACAUGUAUAGCCAAUCAAACGGCGCACCCGCCCCUAGCCAUUAGGUUUACACUCGUGGUGGCCCUGAUUCGGACAUAUAGUAGUUUGCUGGUCGCAAAUUCCCCUCUCCUUUUCCAUGCGUUGGACAUAAUGGGUUUUUUCUUUGUGUUUUUUUGCGGCAAGAGAAGAGUCUACGGCGACCUCUCAAGGAAUAAUGUCUCAGUGGGAUAUAUAUCACCCGAGUUUCCCUUUUUUUGGGUGCUUCCCAGGGAGUUGGGUACCUUUGCUGACCAGCAAUCUUAAUAAGGAGGCACCCGUGUUUGAUUCUACAACAGUUAUGAGGUGGUUAACUCGUUUUUCUUUUUCAUCGUUACGCUUGUUCGAAUUCUUUUCUUUUAUUGUCUGUUUUCAAUAUUUCCUUCGGCUUUUUCGCACUCAAAAGUGCAUUGGUCUACGGUUACUGGGGGGGUUGCAUUGGCAGAGGCACUCCGGGGAUGGUCGGCUCUUUCAUGGCGUGAUGCAAUUAUCAGGGGCGGUUCGGCGCAGAGGAUACGGAGUACUGAAACCACGGCGGGUGAAAGCACCAUGGGGAUAGGUAGCUUUGGUCUGGGGGGAAAAGAAGCUGCUUCUGUAUCGCCGCAAGGCGGGGAAAAAAGCGAUACGACUUUUUGUCAAGUGAAGGGAACGCUCAGAGCGCUGGAAAUGGGAGCGUAAAGACGAACUGACUUGGACUCUUGAAAGCCCUGUAUAAAGGCCCCCGUGCGGACUUGUUUUUUGUCUUGUUUACUUGUAAAAGAGUUAAGCAGGACUGAAGCUAACCAAGGGGGGACGACGAAAGCUUUUGG